GGAAACCUCCCGCGGCCCGGAGCGGAGCAAUGGCCGGCAGCGGGAGCGCCUGCAAGAGGCCCGCUGAGGCCGGCGGCGCCGCGGAGGGGCUGGGGGUGGCUCGGAAGAGGAGCAGGACGGAGCGGGGCGGCCGGCACAAGGCGAAGGAAAAGUCAUCUCGCUUGUCUGCAGCUUUAUUUGGUGAGGACUGUGAAGUCAGCCAUGACCAGGUUUAUGAGUUGUUAAAGUAUGCAGCUUUGGGAAAAUGCCACAAUGCCACGCAGCCCAGCUGGUGCCAUAUUUAUCACCAAAGCCACCUGGCUGGGGUUGUGGUUAUUGUUCUACAUGAGAUGAGCCAACUCCAUUUCUACAAAUUCUAUUUACAGUUCAAACACCUCAGAAAAGUGUUCCAGCAUAGAUUCACAUUACCACCUUCUUCAGCUAGCUUCCUAGCCAACCUGUAUGGAGAAGGAGCAAACGUGAAACCUCAAAACAAUGCACAAGGCUUGAUUUCCACUAGCAGUGGAUGUAUUCCUAAAAACUCAGACUUGCAAUGUGAUCCCAUCAUCCAGAAAUACGGAGAAUCAAAACAAGGCCUUACUAGAUACAUUCUAACUUCAGAAGAGCUGAAGAAAAAUGAUUAUCCCAUGAAAGGCUCCCCUGGCUGUAAGGGUUAUGUGCAUACAGAGUGUGAUCAGCAGAGGACAGACAGCAGCCCCCUCUUUGGUCUGGAUUGUGAAAUGUGCCUGACUGCAAGGGGGAAUGAAGUCACUCGUGUCUCUUUGGUGGAUGCACAGGGUCAAUGCCUCUUGAAUGAACUAGUCAAACCUGAAAGCACAAUAGUGAACUACCGCACCAGAUUCUCGGGAAUCACAAGGAAAAUGCUGCUUCCAGUGAAAACAAGAUUGCCAGACGUACAAAGCAGAUUAAAAAAAAUACUUCCGCAUGAUGCAGUAUUGGUGGGUCAUUCUCUAAAUGCUGAUCUCCAGGCUUUGCAAAUGAUCCACCCUAGUGUUAUUGAUACUUCAUUGCUUUUUGCCAGAAAUGAAGGUCGAAGAUUUAAGCUAAAAUUUCUAGCCAAAGCUGUUUUAGGGAAGGAGAUCCAGUGUGACCAGAAGCUUGGUCAUGAUCCUGCAGAAGAUGCAAGAGCUGCAUUGGAAUUGGCUCAAUUCUUUAUUGAGCAAGGACCAGCAAAGGUAGCAGAACUAAAUUUGGAAAUGCUGCUGACAGCUGAAAGACUGACUGAGGUCUCUCAGAACAAAUCUGCGUUACAGCCACAAGGAUGUAGAGUCCAGAAGCAGUCGAAUGAUCCUCCGCAUCUAUCCAAACCAUGUUUUUUAGACUGCUUGCAGGUGACCGGCCAAAAACCCCUCCUUUUGGGCAGACAGGAAGCGGACUCUUCUGGCCUGUGUCAGAGUAACCUGAGCACUUCAAACAAACAGAUUCUUCAGAGAGCCUUAGAAGAUGUUCCCCUCUCCACAUUCAGUAUCAUUCAGUUCAGUUUGGGUCCAGAGUACAUUGCAUCUCAUCUUCUUGCUGGAUUUUGUGAAAAGGUGAGAAGCAAGCUGACUGACAUGCUGACAAUCUAUGCAGGUCCUUUUGAAGAAAGUUUUUGCCUGAAGGCUGUGAAAAAAGAAUUUGGGAGGUGUGGGCCAAUCCAGUCUCUGAUAGUGGUAACGGAAACAUACCAGCCCUACGUCUGUAUCCAAUACGAAGUGCUGGAAGCUGCUCAGCUUGCCGUGGAAAGCCUAGAUGGAGCUGAGGUAGCAGGAUCCUGCAUUAAGGUUCAGAGACCCAUCUCUGCUGCAACGCUGGACUGUGAUGUUCUGAUACAGGAACUAGAACUGGAUAUAGAAAAUCAAGGUGUGAUUUAUGUGGCGGGUCUAAAGAAGUCAUUAACAGAGACAGACUUACAAGAAGAAUUCAGCCAGUUGGAAGCCCUGGAAACUCUGUUCCUGCCAAAGGAUCUCCAGAGUGGAAGGCACAGGAACUGCUGUUUCCUCAGAGCAGAAUCUAAGGAAAAAGGUGAAGAAGUUGGACCAGAUUAUAAAAAAGCUUUAUAGAAGUCUGCAGAAGAAUACCUUGUGCGUUGUUCUCUUUCCUGGAACAAACAGGUAACUUGCCCCCUGUUUUGCUAGGCAUCCUCUCCUCUCCCUCACUACAGCAUCCUUGCAGGAAAGACAUUUAAGGAGGGAGAGAAACACACUUCAGAAGUUCUACUAUUUGUUGGUAGUGUUUUAUAUAUGGUGAAGUUAUUUUGUUAACCAAAGAAAAUCAUACCCCUCCCUCUUCCUUCCCCCGCACCAUCUACCAGUUGUCCUGUGGUACCCUGCCUUACAUGCUUCAUCCUUAGUAUGGAUCAGGGAUCCAGGUUCACUCUAUGAUACUGUCAGGGACAUGAAAGCAUGAUUUGGAAAAAAUAAAAACAACAAAAAACCUGCCAUGCUUUCAUAAGAAAGAGCAAGUUGUUGUGUUGGGCCUCAGGGGUAAUAGCAAGGAUGCUUCCACAUGGGGUAGGCUCCCUUUAUUUCCCAAGGACCUGAAGUGCCAUGGAUAGCCAUUCCUUGUUUAAUUACUAACAAGAAAAUUGAAUCUUUCCCAGGCAAGGCCUUAGUUACUGAAUACAUUCUUAUUUCAGCAGUCUUCUCUCAGUUUGCUCAGCGUUGCUCUUUAGCCAGCCAGACAAGGGUCAUGUCUAACCCUGCCUUUCUGAAGUUCAUCUUCAACACAAGGGGCACCAGGCCUUUGGGGAGACAUGAGCCAGGCCCUGCUACAGAAGCAGGAAGCCAGAGCAGCAGCUCUUUUGUCAGGCUACGCAGCCAGGCCCAGCUCCCCGCUCUUACCUGCAAAGCUUCCCGAGGGCUUCCUGAGGAGAGGACGCCUGAUACUGUAUUAUCUUCGUGACCACUGUCCCUGCAGGGGAGAGGCAUCCCAAGCCCAGAGGCUGUUUAGGCUCAGUGCCUGUGACAAACCCUUUCAGCAAGGGUACAUGCCAAAGGCUGCUCUUGGCAUGGCCUGCUCUAACUGGGCACUUGUUGGUAACUUUAUUUUUUUUCCUUAAGAUCAUUUAGGUCGUUUCCCAUCACACCAAAGAAUAAUAGCAUGCAAAAUGAAACAGCACCAAUUCUUCCCUCAUUAGACAAAUGCUGAUUGCAUGUAGCCCUCUAUAACUGCUUUUUUGCAUAAGGGUGGUAUCAACUACUGCUUUAGCAUAACUCAGCCAUGUCUGGGACAGUUUGGAAAAAAGGGUUGCACCUUCCCAGGCCUGGAAGAGGUUUCUUGCCAAGUGAGGUUCCCAAAUUACUGUUUCCCAGAGGACUGAUAGUUCAGAGCAGGCUUCUUGUUUAAAAAGAAUGAUGACUCAUGGUUGGCUGGGGGAAAAAAAAAAAAACAAAGAACAACCCAACCUUGCAGUUUUUCAGUGUGCUGACACAUGGGCUUCCUGGCUCCUUACUGCUAGGCCAACUAACUUCUGGGCAUCAACGCUACCCUGAACAGAAAUAACAUCUCUUGUUUAUGUUGCAGCAUACAUGGAUUGCAGUCUGGCCUUGGUCUGAUGGGGAUAAAAGACCACGGAGGGGGCAGUGCUUGUUAAGCUGCCAAUUUUUAAAGCAAUCUUUUGUUAAAAUAUUCGUAAUUACUUUAAAUAUUAAUGUCUCUGUAAAGACCCCUUAUCAUAAGAACAAUAGGCUUUCACUAUAUCUUUUAUAAAGUCUAAAAAUAAAAGGUAUUCAAAACAUC